AUGGGAGAAGCCAGGGAUAACGAUGCCUACGAGGAGGAGCUGCUUGACUAUGAAGAGGAUGAAGAGAAGAUUCUUGAUCCUGCUGCGUCCAAGGGAGCCGGUGAAGUGGCAAAAAAGUAAGCCGUGGUUUCUAUUUGACUCUUUAACUAUCUGUUUAAAUGCCUCGACCUAUUAUGAGAAGAACCGUUGAUUCCCACGAUUGGUCAUCGUGCUUGGUUGAAAAGCCAGUUUUCUCGUUAGUUUUGUAAGAAUAUGUGUAGGCUCUGCUCCAUGACUUAUUGUUUUGUUUUUUACAUUAAUGAUGUACAGAUAAGAAUAUUAUCCUGUUAAUUGUCACCAUCAAUAUUCGAUGCAUGUUGUUAUUUAUCUGUUAUUGUAAGCUUCUUAUUGCCAUCUUAGAAUGCUUAAUAUGUAUAUGAUACACUUUCGAACUUGAAUGAUGGUUGAACUACUUUAUUUUUCUUUACGUUAAUCUGUUUUGAGUUCUUUUCUACUGUUCAUCACUGCUGUUUGAUGAUGUUGGUAUUUUCUGUUAUAUUUCAUUGACCAUGAAGUCAAGACAUGCUGUUCUGCCCUGGUAAAACUGGAUUUACUUUGCAAGAAACACGUUAAAGUGUCGAGUGUGGGUCGUAUCUUUAUUCCAUGCAUAAUUUUAUCGUAAAUUCGAAAUUUAGUAGCAAUUCGAUCUGUUCUGUCAUGCUUACAAUUUGAGAGAUAAGUUCCGUACAUCUUGGGACUUUAUUCUAUUGUAUAUUACAUUUCUUAAUGAUGCAUAUGAUUAGAUGUGGUUUGUAUGAUAUUUCGUUGUUGUACACAAAAUGGUUUAGUUUGCAUGUUUUUACAACGUACCUUUAAAUUGUGUUAAAGCGAAGUCUUCUUUUGGAAUACAUAAGCAUCUUAUCUCCUUUUUGGAACAGGGGUUAUGUUGGCAUUCAUAGCUCCGGAUUCAGAGAUUUCCUUUUGAAGCCAGAACUUCUGCGGGCAAUUGUAGACUCUGGAUUUGAGCAUCCUUCCGAAGGCAAGACUAAGCUAGUUAUUUAUAUAUGUAUCCUAAAUUGUGAAAGAGAAUUAAUUUUGUCACUCUGAUUUUAUUUGUCAAUAUCUAGUCUAACUGUUUUUAUCAUCAAUGCCCCUGUCACCGUGGAUUAAUGGUUAUAUGCUGCUUGUCUGCAAGUUAUCUAGCGUUCAAGUUAAUGUAUUUGAUAAUGGUGAACUGAUAUGAUAUAUAUUACCAGUGGUUUAACUCAGUCAAGGUUCACUUUCUUGUCAUCCUUGUUGUAACUGUCAGUGCCUAGUUGCACGCUAUUAAAAUAAGUGUUGCAGCGGUUAAUAAUGUUGAAACUGGUACGAUGUUUAGCCAUUUUCAUGGUACUGAUGGGUUUGUCCAUUAAAUUCUGUCUUUUAUGGUUCGCACUCAGGCUCUACCUUCCGUUACAUUGUCUGGUCCGGCUGAUAUUGCAACAAUUUUUCUUUUGAUUACACUACAUGUCUUUGAAGUAGAGCUUCCUUCAUGUUUGACUAGAAUGCUUUUUAGUCAUCCCUUUUGCCUACUGGAUUGCAUUUCCAAUAACUUAGUUCAUGUACACUGAAAAAAUAUCUGCAGACCAGAAUUAUUAUUAGUUUUUUAUAGUAGAAAUAUUGUGAUUAUGAGAGUCUGUGUGUUGCAUGCUGGUGAAAGUAUUUUGUCACCUUAACCUUAUUAUUCUUAUUUGAGAGUAUAGCUUCAGUUAUUUUGUGAGUAUAUAUAUAUAUAUUUUUUCUGCUCUUUGGAUUUGGAUUUCUUCUAUACGGCCGUCAUUUUAAUUAAUUAGUUGGUUGUUCAGGUAAAAUACUACUACUACUACUACUGCAUUUCUGACAUUGGAGGGCGAGUUGAAUUUCAUUUGGACUAGACAAUCCAGAUGGGUACUUUUACUUACUGAGAGUUGCUUCACUCGAAAAUUUGUUUGAUUCUUCAUCAGUACAACAUGAAUGCAUCCCACAAGCUAUCUUGGGGAUGGAUGUCAUCUGCCAAGCAAAAUCUGGUAUGGGGAAGACUGCAGUUUUCGUUCUCUCAGUUCUGCAGCAAAUUGAGCCCGUUACUGGCCAAGUAGCAGCACUCGUUCUUUGCCAUACUAGAGAAUUGGCUUACCAGGUUAUUUUUUUCAUCUUCUUGGCCUUGUCUCACCAGCUCUCCUUCUUUCUAUUCAUUUCAGAAGCUUUUGAUGAUUAUCCUUCAUUUUUUUUCUGGUUGAAUAUAUUUUCUACAUUGUUGACCAUGGCUAUCUCUCAAUUGCAGAUCUGUCAUGAGUUCCAGAGAUUCAGCACAUACUUACCUGAUGUAAAAGUUGCUGUAUUUUACGGAGGAGUGAACAUUAAGACUCACAAGGAUUUACUCAAGAAUGAGUGCCCACAUAUCGUUGUGGGGACUCCUGGUCGAAUUCUUGCCUUAGGUAGAGACAAGGACCUUCAAUUAAAGAAUGUGAGGCAUUUUAUCCUUGAUGAAUGCGACAAAAUGCUGGAGUCGCUCGGUAUGUUUUAUUUUUAUUUUCUUCUCGGCCUUAUCAACAUCUGUGAAAUUUCAUACAGAGUGAGCCUUUUUUUUUUCCUUCUGAAUUUGGCUCUUUUGGCAUUGUUUUAGACAUGCGGAGGGAUGUACAAGAAAUUUUCAAGAUGACUCCCCAUGAUAAGCAAGUCAUGAUGUUUUCAGCCACACUCAGCAAAGAGAUCCGUCCUGUUUGCAAGAAGUUCAUGCAAGAUGUAAUGUUCUUUGGCUAUCUCCCCUCCAACCUAGAACUCAUCCUGCGAUGUGCUUUUGUCAGGCAAUGCUCAUCUGUGUCAGUGCUGGUGGUGGUGGUGGUGGUGAUGUUGCCGGUGCCAGCUUCGUGUGUACCAGUGGGUUAAGAUCUCCCGGGCUUUCUUUUGUGGGGUUAAUAGAUGUAGAUAAGCCACAUCUGUUGCUCUUCCAUUCCCUUCUUGUCAUCUACUAGAGGGGUAGCAUAGGUGUGCAAUUUCUAUACUGGGUUAACAUGUUCAGCUCGAGCCCAUCCCCCAGAAGAGGAUAAAGGAGUUCAAGGAGGGUGAUAGAUAUUCCAUCUGUGGGUCGAGUCAUCCCGUAGCUUCCUCAAUCUGUACGCAGGGAAGCGUCUAACUCAGGGAGUCCCUAUCUUCUUUAUCUGACGAUUGUUCCCUUUCAGCCAAUGGAAAUAUAUGUGGACGAUGAGGCAAAGCUGACAUUGCAUGGCUUAGUUCAGGUACCUCUUUCGCCAUGAAUUUCCCUCCUCUGUGGGCCUUAAGAGCUUCUGAGUACCAACUAAUCACUGCAUCUUUUUCUCAUCAGCACUACAUCAAGCUUACUGAAGCGGAGAAGAAUCGCAAACUGAAUGAUCUUCUGGACGCUCUGGACUUCAACCAAGUCGUUAUCUUUGUCAAAAGCGUCGGCAGAGCUGCGGAGCUCAACAAGCUACUCAUCGAAUGCAAUUUUCCUUCGAUCUGCAUCCACUCUGGAAUGUCGCAGGAAGAAAGGUGAAGGAACCACCGCGUUGUAAUCGCCGUUUUAAUGGAUUCCUGCGGCUCCCCGGCAUUCUAAGCUGUUCUUGGUUUGGCUGUGGUUGCAGGCUGACAAAGUACAAGGGCUUCAAGGAAGGGCAUAAGAGGAUUCUCGUCGCCACUGACUUGGUUGGCAGAGGCAUUGACAUUGAACGCGUCAAUAUUGUCAUCAACUACGACAUGCCAGAUUCCGCCGACACAUACCUCCACAGGGUAAUUAGUAGUUCUCCCUUCUAUCAUCAUCUGAUUUAUUUUUUUUCUUUGUACAAAAUGGCACCCUUCAAUAACGUUAAUCGACAUUCUUCUGUGGGCUUUCUCAGGUCGGGAGGGCCGGUCGAUUCGGCACCAAGGGUUUGGCCAUCACAUUCGUGUCCUCUGGCUCUGACUCUGAUGUUCUGAACCAGGUAGGUCUGCAACCAAGUCAAACCCCACUGGCUCCUCCUCCACUUAUACUGCUGCUGAAAUCUUCGUCCCCACAUGGAAUUCGGAUAGGUUCAAGAGAGGUUCGAAGUGGACAUCAAGGAACUGCCCGAGCAAAUAGACACCUCCACUUACAGUAAGCCAUAACCUGGUCCCUCAGAUUAGUGAGCUCACUCAGCCCGGUAAUCUUCUUGACUCGGUAGUUUCUCUCUCUUGCAGUGCCCUCUUGA